AUGCCUGGAAUAGGUACUCUUGUAGACCUCUUGCUGUUCUACACUCUGGAAAGAGUCCUUUUCAACAGAAUGGUGGGAUCAAUGGGCAAAAACUCCCAACAAGUUAAGAGAGCAAUGGCUCUCUGGCUCAUGCUCGAAGAAAUAGGGUACCACGAUUUGAUUCGAAUGGUCCAUUCCUACGAUGACAAGACCAUCGAAGCUCUCUUCAACGAGUCAUUGCGAUGCUUGGAGUUCAUACAACCAAAUGCUGCACCACCGACUGACUCACAUGAUACUCGUGUUUUUCUAGGCCUUUUUGAUGAGCCAAUGAAUUUCAGGUUCUUUUACUACAAUCGCGAGUUUAUGUACAAGCGUUACGUGCACAUCAUGGAGAUUGUUUGUGACAAAAUAUUCGGUGAGAAUGCUGCCAUUGAAGUUGACGAGUCUGGUCUGAAGCCAGUGGCUAGACCUCUUGGAGAGGGAUCUACUACAUCACAGGCUUCCACUGAAUCUAACCAGCUGCUACUGAAUCAAGAUAGUGAGGCACCCAAGCUGUCAAAUUUGAAUCCUGGUGCUAAUGAGUUUACUCCGGUACAAACCCCGGAAGAUACAAGAACAAUGUUUCUGACAUUCUCUAAAGGUUACCCUUUGAGCCGGGAAGAAAUUAUUUACUUCUUUACCUCGAAAUGGGGAGAAGUGGUGCAAGAUGUUUUCAUUGAACUUACUCAUCCAGGGCAGGACCCUCAGUUCGGACGUAUUGUUUUCACUACUUCAUUGGUGAUACCAUGGGUUUUGAAUGGGCAAGCAAAAGCAAAAUUCUUUGUCAACAGAAAGCAUUUGUGGGUUCGAGUUUACGUGCCUCGUUAUAGAGGAAGGAGAAAGUUUAUCAAAUGGUACAACAAUUCAAGGAAGUAUUACUCCUUCUAG